AUGUGCAGUUUGCCAUGUUUGCAGGAGCUUACGCGCCGCACCUUGAAGUGCCAAAGUCAAGAAGCAGGAGUGGGGGUCGCCUACCUUCUCUCUGAUGCAUUCUCAAAUUUAGCAAAGACACGCAGCAACUCGGAUGACCCCAACUUCUACGUCCUCAAAGAUGCGUUUUUCUUCGGAGACGAUCCCAUUGGAAAGAACAUUCCGUGCCCACGCGAUGCGCGACUCGGGUGCGCGCUGGUGGACGCACUGCCCAGGCAUGUCCGGCGGCAGAGCACACACUACUUGUCCUGGACGUGGAAAUACACUGUGGGGACCGUGCAGGAUGCACUGAGCUCUUGGCUGGAGGAUACAGGUUUGCUGCCGGAGGACAUUUUUCUUUACAUGUGCUUCUUCGUGAACAAUCAGUAUCGCAUUCUGUACGAUUGCAAUGGUGUCGGAAGUGUGCAGUUGGAGGAGGUAUUUGAGAGCACCUUGAAGCGCAUUGGCAAUAUGGUGGCAAUCUUGGAUGGAUGGCGCUGCCCUGUAUACCUCACCAGGAUUUGGACAAUUUUUGAGCAAUUUACAGCGAUAAAGUUGGGCAACGUGCCUGUCACAAUUGUUUUACCCAGAGAGCAGAACAAUUCCUUGAUUGGCCAGAUUCGGGAAGGCGAAGAUGGAAUUUUGCAGGUCACUCAGUCUUUGUGUGCCUUUGAAUCGGUCCACGCAACUGCUUUCCUUCCACAGGACGAGGAGACCGUCAAAGAGCGAAUUAGGUCCACCAUAGGCUUUGAGGAGGUUGACGAAAAGAUCAGGAGCUUCAUGCUGGAUUGGGUCGGAAACGUGGUGCAAGAGUACAUGAAGUUCCUGAUGUCCCGCGCCGGGUCUCCCAUUUCGAGUGACAGACAUGUGCGGCCUCGGAGGCUCCAGAAUGCCGCUCUUGGCUGCGCCUUGGCUGGGGAAUCGCAGACGUUGAAUCGAAUGGGAGUGCGAGUGGAAGCUGCUUUGCUUGUGAAGAGGGUGCUACUGAGCGACUCCAAGUGUACAAAGUUGGAGCUCCAAUGCGCAGCACUGCUGCGCGGCUGCGCCGACGCGGCCCUUGCCACCAGGCUGCGUGGUGAGGAGCUGGUUCUGGCGGAAGACAGCCUUAGGCAGCAAGAGGCCGACCUGGGCCGAAUCCGUGCCGACCUCGAGGACGCGCAGUAUGAGGCUCUCUGUGCAGAGGCGGACGCUGAGCACCGCAGGUGGCAGCGUGGCAAGGUGCGGAGUGAGGAGCUGGGCAUCCGAAACCACUUGGAGGAGAUCCGGCGGCAGACGCUGCGGUCGGAGCUGGCGAGCUCCCAGGUUCCGUGCCUGCAGCAGAGGAUCGACUGGGCUAAGGCAGGGAGCACAAAGACGGCCCCUUAG